AUGGCUACUUCUCCUGACGGAAGCGUCUUGAUUCGAACAGUCCGGUUGAAGGUUCUUUACACAUUUGAUAUUGAACAGAAAGAUAAUCAUCUUGCUCGGUACCCACACCCACUAGAAGUUCAGACUGCCUUUAUCGAUGAAACCAGCCAGAUCGGCGUCAUUGAUCUUCGAACAUGCUUAGAAGCCGUCACAACCGCGAGCCCAGAGCUCACCACCCAUCCUGAUAACGAUUACACCGUUUACGCAUACGAUUACUCCGAACCAGAUACUCCCCUCGUUGGACAAGGCAUGCUGUCGAAGGCACUCAUCAGCCAGACCCAAGGUCAAGGAGGCGACAAUGAUACCAUGGUGACCGGGAGAGUUACAAAAAACCUCCUGGGCCUCUUUUCGAAGAAUGCUCAAGAGACACUUGAGGUAAAGCUUAGGUUCACGCCUGUGAAUGCCUUUCCUCAACGAUAUCGGUCUGGGAGUAUAAGUUCUCAGGAUGGCGGUCGACCUCAGUGGCAGAACGGUAUGGCUACCCAAACCCUGCCAAGGUCAGCUUCUCCUGUUGAUACAUCCGGCUUGGAGGCUAUGCAGCGGAUGCUCAGUGGAGACAACAUGCAAAUGGGAAAUCCUGGUUCAGGUAGUAGGCCCGUUACGCCGACGGCCGCCCAGAACUUCAACGCACCACCCAGAGUACCCGGGAACGCCAACUCAAGACCAGCUUCAAGGUCCGGUAUGCGGCAAACAUCGCAGGCACGACGUGAGUCCUUCAAUUCUGGCUAUUACAGCGGGGACGAAAACGCCGAUGACGGUCCGGCGAGAAAACGAGCAAAGACGUCGAAAGUGGAUUGGCCGUCCAAGACCAACUUCAACAUCGAGAGACAGCCUGACUCGCUCCGAGUAGCUGCAAGUACUGCCUCUAGUGUCCGACUCCACCGACCCAUCGCCAUCAAUCCUGCCACUGUAGCUGCUAUGCAACAAGGACAGCCCACAGAAGAGCCUGUCAGACCUCCAACUCCAGUUCCCGCUGCAAAAUCAGGAAGACCUCGAGGUCGGCCCCGGAAGAAUGCGCCCAGCAACCUCAACCAUGGUUCGCAAAUUAGGGACUCGUCGCCAAUGGUUGAAAUUAACCAACAACCUCAACUUCUCAAUGUUGCUGUUACCUCCCCAGAAGAUGCUCGUCUGAGAAGCGUGGAUAGUACCCCCGCCAAUAUCCCGUCUUCACCACCUGUCAUGCCUGAUCCUCAACAACCGGCUGUUACCAGCCCAGCCCUUCCCCCGAUGAUGAACUCCAACCAUGACUCUGGCUUUAUGAGUGGCACGCUGGACGAUAUCUUUGGUGACGAUGCAAUGCUACAGUUCGACGAUUUUGUUUUAGGCAAGCCCCACGAGAUGAAUGGACAACCUCAACUGCAUCAGCUCAGGGACUCCUAUCCACCAGUAUUUGAUGAAGGUAACGACACGCUGGAUGCACUGACGCAGCAACCAAAACCACAAAUGGAGCCUCCACCACUUCCCCUAAAUCAACGACCGUUGGCGAGGGCGCAAUCAUACACCCCUGGGUUACCGAAUUCUGUUUCCUCACCAAGAUUAGCACCAGCGCCAAUUCCGCGUGCCCGUCAGAUCAUGGAGGAACAGCAGCGCGCAAGAUCCUCAUUGCCCCCGCAAGUUCCAAAGAGUGAUCCAGCUCCCAGAACACUUCAAAGAGCUCAGACUUGGGCACCAGAUAGCGAUGCUCUGAUGUCCGAAGCACCAUCCCUGGAAGAAGCUAGAGCAAAGGCAGCAUCCAAGAAGAAGGUGGGAAAGGAGCAAACAAAAGCAAGACUUGAGAAUGCAAUUGCCAAUGGAGAAAUGCCACCCUUCUGUGAUAACUGUGGCUCAAUCGAAACUCCAGCAUGGCGACGUGGGUACGCGAAGACAUUUCACUGCCCUUGGGACGAGGUCGAAACAUCUCUGGAUCCUGGCCAGUGCUGUUUCAAAGAAGUCCUGACUCAUAACGCCGAUGGAAGUGUCAAAUCAUUUAGAGGCUACAAGGUUGAGAAGCUUACAGGGGACGACGACGAAAAUUGGCUUGCAAUCACGUUAUGCAAUCCUUGUGGUUUAUGGCUUCAUAAACAAAAAUGCCCGCGCCCUCGGGAAAAGUGGCAGAAGAAAGAACCUCACUCCAAGGGCAAGCGAAGACGCAAUCCCAACCCAUCAAAGACUUCAAAGAAAGCUAAUGGGAAUGCUAACUUCAAGAGUGAUGCUCAGACUCCAGUUAGCGAUGACUCUUCACCAGCUGACACUUCGAACGAAGCCGCAGAUGGCGACGAAAAUGAAAAUGAAAGCUCGAACAACGAGGAGUACAUGCCAGACGAUGGGGAACCACAAUUGCCUCACAUGCCACACUCCCACCGUGCCAGCAGUGCAGAUCCUGGGCCACGAGGCUUGCAGGCGCGAACCAAACAGCGAGCAACUGAACGUCAGGUUCAAUCCAGCCCAGGACAGGCACACGGGUCAGAAGCCCUCCCCAUUCAGAUAGGAUUUACUCCUAAAUCUGUGCGAAGACAACUCUUCCCAUCUCCAGAAAAAACUCAGGUCAGAUCUGACCCCGGCCCAACCGCAGCAUCCUCGCAGGGAAACCCUAUCCAUCUGCCAGCCUUUGUACGCAGAAGCCCGAGACUUAACAAGACACGAGACUGUUUCGCACAUCAAGGUGCCGCUGUGGAGGUUACUGUUGAUGGAAAGGAAAAUGCUGCUCCGGCUCUUCAGAUUUUGGACGAGAGUAUCGACCAUUUGUUCGAGGAAGGUCCCGGCGAUCUGGAACUACCACCCAUGACACCCACUCCCAAAAGACGAUCAGAAAGAUUAUUGUUGAAGACUCCUUCCCAAACACCAUCUCGCCAAUUCGGAGCAGACCUCUCACCCAAUGCAGAAUUAUUACCAAUAUUCCGCACGCCGAAAGUGAAGCACACCAAUCAACAAGCUGUUCUUAAUGCAUUGCUUGGUUCGUCACAUAAGGACGUGCAUCAGAUGACGCCUUUCUCACGAUCCAUUCAUGACGCCUUGACUAGUGAUGUUCCUGUGUCAGUGACUUUACCGAGAGAUGGUCAAGCUACAUCAAAGAAAAACACGCCGAACAAAGCAAUUAAUUUCGAUUUUCCAGAUUUGCCAUCGUUAAAGAACUCAUCACCGAUAUCAAGCGAUCAGCUCCUGAAUUUCAACCUUUCCGAGAUGACGACUGAUCAGCUGAAUAGCGAAUUCAACGAACCUUUUCUGGCCAACUCAACGCUGCCUAGUUCGCCUCCUCCUGGAUUGUUCACUUACUUUGAUGUGGAUGGAGAAGACAUCUCUAGGAUGUGGGAUGAAAUGAUAGACACAAAUGCGACAGAUCAAGGCCAAGCAUCAACUUUUCAUGAUUCAGAAGCGACAUCGGCUUCCAAACCUACAGCUGUUCAACCUCGAAGGAGUCCUCGAAAGCAAGUGGCAUGA